GCCAGGGACUUAUAUCUUCAGAUGCUGCCAGCUUGGAAAGGACACAGCUGUACGCACACUGCACUAUGUCGGAGCCGCCUGGCAAAAUGCAACGCGGUGCAGCUUAUGAGCACGAGACCACAUGCUUGUUUGAGUCUCACUUCACAUUUUACUCCGUGAUAAACACACACGGCAACGCACCUUACCACUACGCAGCAGUACUACCUACACCACUACAAGUCUAUUAUGACCAUAUCGGAAGUCGUUCAGAGCGGGCUGUUCGAAGGAGACAGCGAGGAUCAACAGCAACUGAUCCGGAUUCCCAUUCGCGCCGACGAGACGAAUGGAUCCAAGCGAAGACGGCGAUCUCGUCGUCAAGACCCGCCCAGCGAGAGGAGUCUUCUCCUCUGGACAACCGACGAGCACGAACGAUUCCUCGAGGGCCUAGAGCUUUAUCCGUCUGGGCCCUGGAAGGUCAUUGCCGAUCACGUUGGUACACGAACCACCCGACAAACCAUGACACACGCCCAGAAGUAUCGCCAGAAGAUCGAGCGCCGCAAACUCAAAGAGAACAGGGGCAGUAUCGAGAGCGCCGAGUCGUCCCAAGAUUCGAGUGAUCAGAUCCAAGACGCAUCCAUGAUGGAGCCCAUGACCACCCCACCAUUCGAUGCCAGAGAACACGCCGUACUGCUCGAGUUCCUCGACAACUUCCACCCGAGUGAGAUCGAGCACGACGAGCCGCUGCAGUACACUCAAGAUAGCGACUUCCUAUUGGAUGUGGACGACGUCGAGUAUAACACAGCUAUGGAUACGAACUUUGGAUCGCGAUUUAGUUGAGGUUGCACCCGUUUUUAAUAGAUCUAAGCUUACGCUGAAUGUAUGUUCGAGUCAGAAACCAGCGCUUUCGCCAUUCCGUCAUCUUCAGC